UCACGGACGCUGAACAAGCCGCCUACCAAGCGACUCGAGCAACGCCCGCGGCGACAGCCUUUCUGUCAGACCUCUCGGAGAGGACCCCCAGAUCUAAGUUCACUGUUCAACGAAGACAAGCAGCAAGCUGCCGACCUUCGUCCGACGGGUGGCUCGUCCGAGACGGGCGGCCAACAAUGGCGACGUCUGACCCCAGUUGGGUGCUGCCUCCUACGACAGGUGCUCAAAAGAGCACCAAGCAAGUCCAGAAAGGACUGCAAGUCGACUACGCGCCACGGAGACGCGCAGUCGACGCCGCGGACAGUGUGCUGCCUCCGUCGGUCGUCCGAAGACAACCGGCGAUGUGGGCGACACCCAGUCCGGGUAGGAACGAGCGCGCCGGCACCUGCACCGCGCGCCGCGUUCCAGGGACCUCGACGCACGGCUUCGGCAACACAGCGCGCUCGCCCGCGCUGAACGCAUAGCCCACCCCACGCUUCCAUAGCCGGUGCUCCCAGCAACCUCCAGCCGAACUUCGGCCUUCGUCGACUGCCGGGCAAGUCCUAGCCACACUCACGCGGGGCCCAGUAAGCCAGGUCUUGCGAGCGCUGGACGAGUUGCCUACCCGACAACCCGUGCAAAGACCGCGAUAACGACCUGUCUGUCAGACAUCUCGAAGAGGACCCCCAGAUUUAAGUUUACUGGUCAACGAAGACAUGCAGCAAGCUGCACAUCUUCGCCCGAUGGGUGGCUCGUCCGCGAUGUGAUACC